UUUCUUUUCUUUUCUUUCUCUGUGGUGAUCUUUUUCUUUCUUUGCUCACAUAUUUGAAAUUAUAUCUUCAAGUAUAUAAACAUUUAGCAAUUAUGACAGGCAAAGAUAUUCUGCACAAGAUGAAGACUUUGGUCAAGUAGGAGCUUAGACAAGAGCUUAAUCCUUCUAAUAUGACAUUUUGCUUGGGGGGAAAACCAAUCACAAGGAAAAGGUUGGGCUGGGUUCAUCUGCAGACUCUGGAAAGGGGAAGAGUAAGAUGUCAAAGCAUGUAACUCAUGGCUAUCACUUGGUUAAGGGACAAUCACGUCAUGACAUGGAAGAUUAUAUUGUUGCUGAAUUUAAGGCAGUUGAUGACAAUGAACUUGGUUUGUUUGCUAUAUUUGACGGUCAUCUGAGCCAUGUUAUACCUGAUUAUUUGCGGUCAAACUUGUUCGACAAUAUCCUAAAGGAGCCAGACUUCUGGACAGAACCAGAAAAUGCCAUGAGGAGAGGAUACCGUAUUACUGAUACUACUAUUUUGGAGAAAGCAGCUGAUCUGGGUAAAGGGGGUUCAACUGCCGUCACUGCUAUAUUAAUCAACUGUGAGAUGCUGGUAGUAGCCAAUGUUGGUGAUUCUCGGGCUGUAAUCUGCAAAAAUGGUGUGGCUAAACAAUUGUCGGUUGAUCAUGAGCCAAGUGUUGAAAGGCAGGAGAUUGAGAACAGAGGUGGUUUUGUAUCAAACUUCCCAGGGGAUGUUCCACGUGUUGAUGGGCAGUUGGCAGUGGCAAGGGCAUUUGGUGAUAAGAGCUUAAAGGGGCAUCUCAGCUCAGACCCUGAUGUUACGAAGGAAGUGAUUGACGAUGAUACAGAUUUCAUUAUCUUAGCUAGUGAUGGGUUGUGGAAGGUGAUGUCAAACCAGGAAGCAACAGAUGCUAUUAAGAACAUUAAAGAUGCUCGCUCUGCGGCAAAACACCUGACCGAAGAGGCACUAAUCAGGCAGAGCACAGAUGAUAUUUCCUGCGUAGUUGUAAAAUUUCGGUGAUCUCUGGAUUCCUCAGCCCACUCUUUUUCGAUAAGAAUGUAUCAGAGACUUGUCAUCAGCCCGGUAUUUUAAUAAACUUCGUUCCUAUUUUCUGCCAUUGAUAGUUGUGCCUCUCCUCUUGCAAGAAAAGCUGCUGCCUGACUUGUAAUUGUACUUGUAUAGUUUUAUAAAUGGCUUGAUGUGCAUAGUGUUGCAGCAUUGGAAUGAUGGCCUAACAGCAUCUACUCAAGGAACAUUCUCUCCAGAUUCCAUGAAAAAUUCAAUCCAGUUCUUGUUUA